CGGGAAAUAAACGACCCAAACGAUAGCAUGUGAAUAGCAAACAUGCUAGUCGAUAUAUUUGUGGAGGUAGUCGAUAUUUGUUUAGCGUUCCUAAUAAGAUUUAACAAAAGUAUUAAAAGAUUCAAUAAAAACAAUCCCACAAGGAUGAUUGACAUUUCAUACAUUUCUGGAACGAAGUAGUAGAUGGAACAAUAGCCUGUUGUGCCAUAUCCGAUGCGGGCAAUGAAAAGUUGGUGAUUAGUAAUAAUUGUGUUCUAUGCCUGUGCCGGCUACUGCUUCGGGCAAUGAGAUUAGCUGUCCGCCCGCUGCUUGAUCCGGCGAACGUUUGCCGCCCCAGGAAUGGAACCGCUGCUUCUUGCCCAGAACAACCGAAUUGCGUUUGUCGUCCCGCUGGAGCUUGAAACGACAGCGCUCUAUGACCGCAUCUCGUAUGAUGGUCGCGAACUCAACAUCGUUAAACUGUGCCAUUAGCAGCUUGAAGAAGGCCCAGAUCUCACCGCGCUGGGAUGUUGGUGGUGGAGCAUAUUGAUGGAACAGCCAGGUCUCGGAUAGUGGGGCAUCCUCUGGUGGUACAGGACGAGCGUUGUACGCGUCACACACAUCCUCAAAGCUGAGUAUGGCCUGGAGAAUGAACUUGCGAUACUUGGCCAACUGCAGCUCGCAGGUAUUCAGCUCCAGAUCCACAGACGUGUGCGUGGGCAGAGCAUACAGCUGCCUGCAAAUGCCCAACAGCAACAGCAAGCGCCAAGUGGACAGCAUCCUUGUUGAUGCAGUUGAUAAAUUUCGAUUUUGUGGCGAUGGCGAUUGUCCUGAUUGGGUUUUAGCUGAAAUCAUAUCCACACUCUCGAACUUGAGCGUCGACAACUUGGAGCAACUAGCCCAGAUAGUGGCCAAACGCAUCAGCGGAAAACAGUUUGAAGAAGCUAUUGUAAGAUCUCUCACUUCGUCCGUUACAAAUGAUGGUAAAACAGCCGUUGCCUGCGUUCACUAUAUGCUGACGAAUGCGGCACGGUAUAGCUGCACCGAAACAAUCUUUGGCGAGGAAAUUCAACAGCUUGGCUUGCCCAAGGAUCAUGCGGCGGCCAUGUGCCGAGUGCUACAAGCGCAUGCCACGGUCAUAAGACAAAAACUUAUAGAUAAGGCAUUUAGAAUUAAUGAGCUGCAAAGCAUACGAAAUGUUACCUCGCCUGGGGAACCGCCCCCAAAUUGCGCCACCUUGGAACUUAAAAUCUCGCAAGAAUUAGUCGAUGGACUACCUAAAGAUACCACGCAUAUAGUUAAUAUUGAAUGUGCCCAGCUGGGCGCACUACUCGAUGAAAUGAAAUUGGCCCGUGAUAUUAUGCUCAAAUAUGAGAAUAAAGAGAAUACAUAAAAA